AACUAAUUUAUAAUUUAACCAAGCAUAAUAGAUAACCUUACAUAAGUUAAGAAUAUAGGUGUAAAUGUUUUAAUUGGAUUUUAUUCUCAGUUUAUUAAAAUAAUUGUAGCUUGGCAAAACAAAAUGUGCGCGAAGAAUAUAGUUUUUCAAUUUGAAUUAUAUAUGAUAAAUUCAACGUGGUAAAAGUGGUUUGGAUUGCAAUCACGGUGGACCGGCGGCGAGGAUUUCGUUUGUCAGUACGUCGCGUCUCGUCGCGCAAAACAGUUGCUAUGAUAGCGUUGCUCGGUGUUGUGGCGGCGAUAAUCGCCGUUUGGCUGUACUUUGGCUUUCUAGAAACACUACUAGUGACCUCAAUCCUCGGUAUUUUAUAUGUUUUGGUUUUCCACUCAAGAUGGUGUUAUAUUGCUAUCAAAACAGCACCACGAGAUCUCAGAGCAUUAUGGUGUUACCUCAAAAUCUUGAUCAUGACAAGAAGACUUACAAAAAAAGAUUGGACAUUGCCUGACAUAUUCCAUGAAACUGUACAGAAGCAUCCAGAUAAACCUUGUUUCUUAUUCCAAAAUGAAGUGUGGACAUUUGAAGAGGUGGAAAACUACAGUUUACGCGUGUCUGCCGUGCUCAAGUCGCUUGGGGUCAAAAAGGGGGACAUUGUCGGUCUCCUGGUGAACAAUUGCGCCCAGAUGCCGGCACUAUGGCUCGGCAACGCGCGUCUUGGCGGAAUCACACCGCUCAUCAACACUAACCAGCGCGGCAAAGCGUUAAUACACUCCAUAAAUGUUGCUAAAUGCGAUGUCCUUAUAUUUUCCGAUGAAUAUGAAUCAGCAAUCCAAGACAUAUCAAGUGAACUGAGCUCUUUAAUAAAAUUAUUUAAAUUCACACACCGGCCCCUUAAUCCGUCUAAUCCUGUGACGAAAGCAUCCGGCGACGGUAUAACGGAUCUUACGUCACUACUGGAGAACACUCCGCCAAUGCCAUGGGCUUUAGCUGAUGCUAAUGGAUUCCAAGGAAAACUUCUAUACAUUUAUACAUCUGGUACUACUGGUCUUCCAAAAGCCGCUGUUAUUUCUAAUUCCAGGUAUGUAUUUAUGGCUUGCGGGCUCCACCACAUGAGGCUAAAUUCCUCCGAUGUCGUGUACUGCCCUCUACCGCUGUACCACACAGCAGGCGGGGUGGUCAGUGUGGGACAGGCUUUAGUUUUCGGGUGCACUGUCAUAUUGAAACCCAAGUUUUCCGCCUCGCAAUACUUUCCCGAUUGUGCCAAGUAUAAAGCCACGGCCGCUCACUACAUUGGCGAGAUGUGCCGCUACGUGUUGGCCACGCCCCCAUCACCUGCGGACAAGCAGCACAGCGUACGCGUCGUGUACGGCAAUGGACUGAGGCCACAGAUUUGGACAGAAUUCGUUACAAGAUUUAACAUCAAAUACGUUACAGAGUUUUACGGUGCCACAGAAGGAAAUGCAAAUAUAGCUAACACGGACGGGACACCGGGAGCUAUAGGUUUUGUGUCACGGAUCUUCCCGAAAAUAUAUCCCAUUGCUAUCAUCAAAGUAGACCAGGAAACUGGCGAGCCUAUAAGAGAUUCCCAUGGACUUUGUCAGUUGGCGCAAGCGAACGAGCCUGGUGUCUUCAUAGGCAAAAUUUCACCCAAUAACCCCACGCGCGAAUACCUGGGUUACGUUGACAAAAACGCUUCCGAGAAAAAGAUCGUGAGAAACGUUUUCACGCAAGGAGACUCUGCUUUCAUAUCGGGUGACAUUUUAGUCGCGGAUGAGUUCGGCUACCUCUAUUUCCGCGACCGCACUGGCGACACUUUCCGUUGGCGCGGCGAGAACGUAAGCACCAGCGAAGUUGAAGCAGUCAUAUCCAACAUAGCUGACCAACGGGACGCUGUCGUCUACGGUGUACUGGUGCCAAAUAUAGAAGGUCGUGCAGGAAUGUGCGGCAUCGUAGAUGAUAACAACUCUCUAGAUCUGGACAAGCUGGCUAAAGAUCUAGCACGUGACCUUCCGCCGUACGCACGCCCCGUCUUCCUGAGAGUAAUGACUAGUCUCGACAUGACGGGUACUUUUAAAAUGAAGAAGACUGAUUUACAAAAGGAAGGCUUCGACCCGAGCAUGGUAAAAGGUGACAAACUUUACUAUUUGGAUCUGAAAAAUGGCAAAUAUCUUUCAUUAGGACCAGAGGAGUUCCAGAGAAUUAGCAAUGGGCAAAUUAGAUUGUGAUUAUGUGUUUACAUUAAAGACUUUAGUUUUUACUCGAAUUCUAUUUUGUAUAUUAUGUUCCAUUUCUAGAUUUCAUAAAUUGUGAAGGUUUUAAAUUACUUUUCAAGUUUCUUAACUUCUAUUACCAUCGGUUUUAAGAUUAUUUUAUGUGAAUAUUGUUUUUGAGUGGGAUUACUGAUGUAUUCUGUUCUUUAUUUAAAAAUUAAGAUAGUCAUAGAUAACAAAUAAAGGAAGAUUGCUUACGUCUUACAUCAGUAUAAAGCUCGGGGAAAACUUUAUUCAUACGUAGUGGGGUUAUUGUUAUAGCUUAGUAUAUUAUAACUAGAGCCAUCUAUUUAACAGUUGUUGAUAUCGAUUUGCAAUACAAAUUGUAUUAAAGUAGAGUGGUUUUGAUUUUAGGUCAUAUUUCUGAUAUUUUUGAAAUAUUCUGCAAACAUCCAAAAUUAUUACGGCUAUUCUUAGAAAUGUGAGUCCAUUGUGAAACAGCUAGCAAGCAGCAGCAAAUAUAAAUUUGCAAUACCCCUAAGUCAUGAAUUUUCUUUUGAAUUUUUGAAUAACCACAAUCAGUUAUUUAAUCUUCUUACAUCUUAGGAGAAAAUCAUCUCUCUCUUGCAAUAGGCCUUUACUGCGGUGGGACGGUAAUCCUGUAAGACAAAUUACAUUGUCAUCAUCUUCCAAUUUAUUUAUAAAUAUUAAAAGUUUGUUUUGUCGACAUAGAGAUUACAAUCUUCUUAUUUUAUUAUUUAUCUAUGGUACAUUGUACACAUCAUACCAAAUAAAUGCAAUACCUGAGUUGAACCAACUUAAACAAUAUUUUAUGUAACAAUAAAAUACUAUAAGAAUCUUUAAAUGAUGAUCUGAUGAUAUUCGUGUAGUUAAUAUAUUUAUACCUUGCAUAAAUUCUGAAUUUAUGUACAUUGUUAAAUAGUGAAAUUUAGGAACUUCUACACUUUAUCAAUACUGCAACCGUCGCCAUUUUAAUAAAGGUACUUGUAAAUUUAUUCUGACCAUAGUUAAAUUGAUUUCUUAGGAAUUUGUCAAAUUACAAAACCUUAUUAUUCUUACAAAAACAAGUCAUAAAUAUAUGUAGUUUAAAAUAGGACAUAUUUGUUUAAUGAUCUUAAAAUGCUUUGUACCCAGAUCUGAUUUCUGAUGAUUCUCAAAAUAAGAAGUUUAUGAUUUGACGCUUUUUUUUUAUUAUAACCAUUAAAACUAUAAAACUUAUAAAGUUUUGUUGUCAAUAUUUAAAUUAUUGGAACUAUUUUAAGCUAACUGAUAAAGCUAUUUGUAACAACCCAACAAUAAUAAUAACUUGCGUUUUAUCUGAAUAUGAAAAGUGAAACAUGAUUUUUGAAAUGUCACUUUUUGUACUUUUACGUCCUUCACAACUUCAUGCAUCAUGCAUUAAAUAAAACUGAAUAUGUAGGUACCUUAGGUACAAUGUAUAAAUUAAAUACUAGAUGAUAGAAGAAUAAUAGAAGUUAAUAUGAGAUGUUUUUCAUUCAAACAAACCCACCAUAUCGACUGUCAUUUGAUUUAUAGUUCAAAUGACGCCAUUUUAAACUUCAAAAGAUCUGUGUUAAAUCUCAUAAUUUAAACAAUUUUGAAACUUGUGAUAAAACUAGAUUCAUGUUAUUGUUAGCCUUCAUAUGUUUCUCUAUUUCCUUAUGUUAUUCACUGAGUAUCGGCUGACUCUUUCAUAGUUUGGACAUUUCGCAUAUAAGUAGGUAGGUAUAUUAUGUAGGUGGUAGGACAUACUUCUGCUAUGUGAUAAUAUGUUGUAUGUAUUGAAUAACACACGUAUAAAUGUUCUAUUGUACAAAUGAAUUGUCUGUAUUUUUCUAUUGCAUUUAUAUUCGGAAUUUAUUUUCAAAUUAUUAAUAAUAUGAAUUGUCUACAUAAAAAAGAUCUGCUACUAUUUGCUUAGAUAAAAAAAAUGUGUACUAUUAUAAUGUAUUGUGAUUAUAUUUUAUACUUAGAUAAUAGGUAUAGUAUUACUAUAUAUUUGAGCUGUUUUAAUAUUUUGUUGAAUUUUAAAGUAUAUGCUGCUGUUCUUAAGUCAAAAAUCAUGUUUCGAGUUAUAUGAGGUAGGAAAUACGGAAAAAAUAUUGAAAAUGUUUCUUAUUGAUAAUUAAAAUGAUUUUCAGUGUAGGCCUGAUUUAGUAGAAUUCGCUAAGUUGUAUUAAUAGGUGUCUUCAAAGCGAUCGAUUUUCAAUCAAUUACAGAGCCUAGUGUGAGAUUUUCUGAGAGAGCCAUCUAAUUAAAAUACUGGGAAAGAGUAUCUGCGUCUACGUAUCGAAUAGGUAACACUAGGCACUCUGUUCUCAAAAGUUAAAUAUGUUUAAAAGUAUGUAUGAGCCGCUAUCAUUUCAUUAGCUCUCUUAAAGUUUCUAUGGGAACAGACUGGAUCAAGAUUCAAGCCUCGAUCCGAUGUUGGAUAUCUUAGACAUAAUUUUAAGAACUCGACAUAUUGUAUUUAUUUUACUUCGUUCUGCUGACAUUGGAUGUGCACACAUUAGAAAGUGUUUCAAGCUGAUUAUUUAACAGAGAGCCAUGCAUUCGGAAAAUCAUUUUCAUUGUUUAUUAGGGUUGCAUUUGGAGUGCGUGAAAUGUCUAAAACUGGAGAUAUUUUAUUGAUAGAGCUACCCGUCAGCAGUGUAUUAAUCGAACAAUGAAGUUACGACCUUAGAGUAAAAUAGAGUUUUAUAAUACGUUAAUAAACUUGAUUUGAGUUACAUAUUAUGCAUUUUCAAACAGGCAAACAUAUAAAAAGAUAUUAAAAAGCAUUUUCAAGAGCAGUAGGUACCUAAACAAUUUUUUUCAAUACAUCUUAAGUUAUAUUUUAAUUCCGUGUUACAAAGCAACACAAAAUCUUAAUAAAGUAAUCUCUAAAUUCGAAUUUGAUUGCGGAAAUUAUUAAUAAUCUUGUUAUUAAAUAUACACGGUGACUUUUUUACUGUCGCCCAACAGUGACUGACUCAUUUAAUCUAUCCAAUAUUAAUUAUUUACUAUUCAUUCGCAAAGCUUAAUAAAAAACAAAAGUUUAUCGUAUGGUGUAUAAGAAGCAUCCUAUAUAGAGGGACAGCGGCGCAGCGCGGUGGCGUUUUUUAUUCAAUAAAUUUCUGUAGUUUCAUGUAGCAGAAAAAAAAAUCAAAUAGGUACGGUUAGUAUGAUCAAUUGCUUCCAAUUGCUAAAUGCAGUCAUUAGUAUUUUAUUUUUGUAAUAACUGAUUUAGUUAAACUUUAUUAUUUUGAAUAUUGUUUAGAGUUACUAUAUAUUGGAUAUAUUAAAGGGGCGACGAUACAAAAGAGGGAAUAUUUGCAUUAUUGAUUACUAUAUAUCUAUUGAUUAUAUUUAUUUAUUAUAUAAAGGUCUUCUAUUGUCAAUCAUAGACUUGCCGUUUAAUUUGCAAUAUUACUGAAUAAUGGUCUGUGUAAAUGUUUGUUAAUAGUUGUUGUUGUCAUUCCAGUCUCAAAAUGUAAGACUGAAGUGAUGUUUUUAUCUGUUUUACAUAGGGUUUACUUAAUAGAUUUUAAGUAUAAGGUAAUGGGUAACAUUGCGAAAUGACUAUUUAGUAAAGAUGAUUUUCCAAAACAA